AUGAAAGUAUCAUUUAUUUCUUUAGCCACAAUUGUAUUAUCUCAAUUGUUCCCUUCAGUUUCAGCAACUGCAUCUCCAGAUGAAUUAAAAAUUAAAAUUCUUAAAUCUGUUGAAUGUAAACGUAAAACCAAAUCAGGAGAUUUUAUAAGUGUUCAUUAUUCCGGUAAAUUAGAAGCAGAUGGUAAAGAAUUUGAUAGUUCAUAUCUGAGAGGUACACCAUUACCAUUUAAUCUCGGUGGGAAACAAGUGAUUACUUGUUGGGAUGAAGGAUUAUUAGAUAUGUGUAUUGGUGAGAAAAGAGAAUUAUGGUGUCAUCCAAAUGUAGCUUAUGGGAGUCAAGGAAUUGGUCCAAUUCCACCUAAUGCUGCAUUAAUAUUUACUGCUGAAUUGAUUGAUAUUGCUGGGGUUGAUAAAGAAGAAGAAGAAGAAAAAGUUGUAAACAAAGAUGAAUUAUAA